UGUGUGUAAUAGGAGGGUCAGACUCUGUCGAGUGAGGACUUGCUCAGACGCCACAUUACAUCUGUUGUGUUUGUUUAGAUCAGUUUUGCUCGUGUUUUUACAUCAGGAAAUGUUUCACGUGUUUGUUUUGUUCAGUUUGUGCUUCUGCCGUCUGAUCGGUGUGUUUGCUGCCGAAACAAAUAAAAUACAGUCGGUGUCCGUGAUGGAGGGAGACUCUGUUACUCUACACACUGAUCUUACUGAAAUAUAUAAAGAAAACAUACUGUGGAAAUAUAGAGCUGAAAAGUACAUUAUAGCUGAAAUCCUUAAAAAAUAUGGAUUCUUUUACACAUAUGAUGAUGUUCCUGAUGGGAGAUUCAGAGACAGACUGAAGCUGGACAAUCAAACUGGAUCUCUGACCAUCACACACACCACAACUGAACACACUGGAGUUUAUACACUAGAGAUAAAUGGAGUGAAUCUGACAUCAAAAACAUUCAACGUUUCAGUCUAUGCUCGUCUGCCUGUUCCUGUCAUCAUCAGAAACUCUUCACACUGUUCUUCAAAUUGUUCAGUGGUGUGUUCAUCAUCAGUGUUGAGUGUGUGUGAUGCGACUCUGUCCUGGUACGCAGGAAUGAGUGUAUUGUCCAGCAUCAGUGUGUGUGAUCUCAGCAUCAGUCUCUCUCUACCUCUGGAGGUGGAAUAUCAGGAUAAAAACACCUACAGCUGUGUGCUGAACAAUCCCAUCAGCAACCAGACCACACAUCUGGACAUCAACACACUCUGCAGACACACAUGUGCAGGUCCUCCAGUCUUAAGGUCUCUAAUAGUGUUGAUCUCUGCUGGAUCUCUGAUGAUUAUUGUUGCAGUUUGGAUCUUCUGCAUCUGUAAAAAACAAAGAUUAAAACAUCAAGAAGAGACGACUUGUGAUGUAGAAAUAACGUAUGCUGACACAAUAAGCAACAGAGGAAAUGCACACAAAUCGAAACUUAAAGAGGAGAAUCAUGUUGUUUAUGCACAAGUUGCUAAGCGAAAACCCAAAUCCAGCGAAGAACCAGCCUUGUUUGACCCAUAGGAGAAAAACUGACUCUUAAAGGAACAGUUCACCCAUAAUUUACUGGCUCCAAACCCAUCCAAUGUGUAUAUACCUUUCUUUUUUCAGUCGAACACAAUCAUGUGUGCGCAUACGGCUGUUUCUGGAAGCUAGUGACUUUAAUGUAUGAAGUUUUAAUUAUGGAUAUUUUAGCUGCUAAAACCCAUUGCUUUGCUUUAGAAGGCAUUUAUUCACCCACUUGGGUGACAUAUGAUUUACUUUUAUGAUGGACAGAUGCACUUUUUACAGAUUCUAAAACUUGGACAGAUGUAAUGUCAUAAUAAAACUGGGAAGAGCUAGGAUAUUGUUGAAUAUAAGUCAGAUUGUGUUCGACUGAAUGAAGAAAGUCAAACACACCUAGGAUGCGUGAGGCUAAGUAAAUUAUGGGAUAGUUUUCAUUUAUGAGUGUAACUGAAUGAGAAAGGACGUUUGAUACUCUUCGUUUUGUAAUUAUCGCUUUUAUGUCUAUAUUUGCACUCCAAUUAAUGUAUAUAAUGUUAUUUUUUUACUAACUUGUGUGAUUAUUUUUUGUCAUUUUACCCAUUUUGAGUUGUAUUUUUGUCUCCUGGUCAAAAUAUGUGGAAAUAAGAGCACAUGAUGACAAUUACACAUCAUAUUUAUUUUAUAGAGAAUAUUUAGUGCAAUUCACUCAAAGAGACUGUGUAUGUGUUUUGUAUCAAGUAUUUUUUCUGUUUUAUACUGUUUUUGUUUGUAAUGUGAUUUUUCUUUACACAAUGUACGGCUCCUGUUUUUACCGUUUUGUAUUGCAACUGAAUGGGAGAGAAAACAAGGCAAUUUCCUCAUACCUCAUUACCUCAAGGGUGCUUAUUUUUGUCUUGUAUCAGGGGAAUAAAAGAUCCAGAAAAAGCUACACA